UAGACAGUGUUGGUUAUUGGCGGAAUAAGUAUACACAUAAAAAAUUAAAUUGAAGCACAGCACCCACAACGCACACAUAUAUUUACUAAACGGAGUGCGACGUGUGCGAAAAAUAAGGAGCGGUGUGUGUGCGGAAAACCAAUAAGCAGGAACACCACCGAAUCAGCAGAAGCAGCACACAACCGCCAAUGAACACACUGGGCGCGAGCACGAACGGAGGAGGUGGAGGAGCUGGAGCACCCGGUAGCAACGGAUCCAGCCCAAAUGUGACAGCUGCCGGGAGCACUGGAGGCGGGGCGGUUGGCGAUGAGGCUGGUGGGGAUGCCAGCUCCCGGCGCCAAGCGACGCGGGUGUUCAAGAAGAGCUCGUCCAACGGCAAGAUCACCGUUUACCUCGGUAAGCGGGACUUCGUGGACCAUGUCACGCAUGUGGAUCCCAUUGACGGCGUCGUAUUUAUCGAUCCCGAGUACGUAAAGGAGCGCAAGGUGUUUGGCCAGGUCCUAGCCGCCUUUCGUUACGGACGCGAGGACCUGGAUGUCCUGGGACUAACGUUCCGCAAGGACCUGUAUCUGGCGCAUGAGCAAAUCUACCCGCCCAUGCAGUUGGAGCGUCCGAUGACCCGGCUGCAGGAGCGGCUGAUCAAAAAGCUGGGACCCAACGCCCACCCAUUUUACUUCGAGGUGCCGCCCUAUUGCCCCGCCUCCGUUUCCCUGCAACCUGCCCCCGGGGAUGUGGGCAAAUCUUGCGGAGUGGACUACGAGCUUAAGGCCUUUGUGGGUGAGAACGUGGAGGACAAGCCCCACAAGCGGAACUCGGUCCGUCUGACUAUUCGCAAGGUCAUGUACGCCCCCUCUAAAGCCGGAGAGCAGCCAUCGAUCGAAGUUAGCAAGGAGUUUAUGAUGAAGCCGAACAAGAUCCACUUGGAAGCGAGUUUGGACAAGGAGCUGUACCAUCAUGGAGAAAAAAUAUCAGUCAAUGUCCAUGUGGCCAACAACUCAAAUCGGACGGUUAAGAAGAUCAAGGUAUGUGUCCGGCAGUUUGCGGAUAUUUGCCUGUUUUCGACGGCCCAAUACAAGUCUGUGGUGGCCGAGAUCGAGUCGGAGGAUGGGUGCCAAGUGGCGCCGGGAUUCACCCUGUCGAAGGUUUUUGAGUUAUGUCCCCUUUUGGCGAAUAAUAAGGAUAAAUGGGGACUAGCCUUGGAUGGGCAGCUUAAGCAUGAGGAUACCAAUUUAGCGUCCAGUACGCUCAUUACUAAUCCUGCCCAGCGAGAAAGUCUCGGUAUCAUGGUGCAUUACAAGGUAAAGGUAAAGUUGCUGAUUAGUUCGCCGCUGCUAAAUGGUGAUCUCGUGGCUGAGCUGCCGUUCACGCUAAUGCACCCUAAGCCUGAGGAAGAGGAGCCUCCACCAUUGGGGGAGCGAUCGCCGCGGGCUAGUUUGGCCGGCGGUGGUCAGCCGCUGGUGAGCUUGGGUGACUGUGGAGAGGCAGAAUCGGCGGCAGGGGGUCAGGAUGUGCCCACCACUACCAAUCUCAUCCAGCUCGACGACGACGAGGCGCAGGAUGAUGACAUUAUAUUCGAGGACUUUGCCCGCCUGCGUUUAAAAGGCGCCGAAACAGAGGCCUAAAUGAGAGAGGACCCAUAAUGUUUUCGGAUUCAACUUUUGAUCGUCCAUCUGCAAAAAUAUUCACAUUACAUUUGUAUAAUAUGAAAAGGUAAAACAAAAAUUUGCGCAGCCGCUAAAUGUAAAGUUUUGUACCAAUAGCCACGGUAAAUAGUUUGUUGUAAGCUAUUUGAUAUGUGUAGGCCAUACGUUCUAGUAUCUAUAGGGCAUAAGCUGAAAGUGUACGAAUUUUAAAAUGUGAAAUUGUUUAACAAAUCAACAAAGCAAAUCUACACAAAACACACAUGCACUUGCAAAUUACACAUGCCAUGUUUUUCGGCCCCACCUGCAACAGUUGAAAGAAUGCACACAAAUUAUAUUAAUUUUUAUCCAAAAUGUACCCUUUUUUAUUUUAUCUUACAUUAUUAAAUGCUCAAUUUAAUGUCAUAUAACGAGACUCUGACUUUGGACUUUCCGUCAUUAUGAAAUUAUGAAAGUUGUUUCCGUUUAAUAUUUAUGAGCUUUGAUAUGCAACCAAAUAAAAUAUAGUGGUUUUUUAUUUUUUAAUAAAGUUUUAGUUGACUGCAUCGGAAUAACAAACAUACACACACAACUAUUAACAACAUUUACGCCAAAGGGUAUAGGAUAUUUUAUGUAAUAAAAAAGAGUAAGAAAAAUGCAAACCAAUUUGUUAUAAACUGCAAGCAGUCUUGUGUUAUUUAAGACAAAAAAUUGCAUCUAUUUUUGUAAUUAAAACUCGGAAUUAUAAUUGAAAGUGAAAUAUUGGUGUCACAGACACCUUUUUUUAUUCUUUUUGUUUUGAAAAAUUAAAAUAUUCAAAAACUAGUAGUUUAAAUGGCCAAUAUUAUAAUUAAAACGCAACCAAUCAAUAAUAAAAAUAUUUUAAUUUAUGAAAGGAUGAGUUUAUGGCCUCAGUAAUGGCUGAUUUGCAAUCGAAAUGUUGAUUCAGAUAGAAGGAAGGAUGUUCCAACCAACCUCAUUUCAAAACUACUUAGGAUAUGAAAAAGAUAUAAUCGAAAAUUCGAUUUUGUAUUGCGCUGAACUGAAAUUGCUUAUUAAGUUAAAGGAUUUUCCGAUAGUGAACGUCGAAUUUUGAAGAAAUAUAUGUGACACAUCAGUGUAACGUCACAAAAUCCGAUCAUUGAUCUUACUAUAAUUGGCAACGUCCGAAUCGAAAUUCGUCAACGAAAAAUUAAACACGGUUACGAAAGUGCGUAUAAUUAUUUUAGAGAUAGAAAUUUGGAAUUUGGUCAAUAAAAAUAUAUAUAUGUUCACAACAUUUCGGAUGGUAAACAAAACCAACAGUUAAGGCUGCUGAAGUUCGGUUCCUUUUAUAAAUAAAAAGAAAAAAAAUUGUUUUCAAGGGCUUUAAAACCCAAAAUUUAGCUUAAAUUUCAUUUUAGUGUUCCAAACAGCUCCAUGCAAAAGCAACGUAAGCACGAAAACAUUAAAAAAUGUUGGCAUUGUCAGAAAUUUACAUAUUUUAAAUGAAUUUUUAUAACGCGUAUAUAUAUAUAUACCCUAACACCGAUCGUAUAGGUUUGUUAAAAUGUUUUUAUCAAGUGAGAGAAGCCAGAACAUGAAAUAAAUGUGUUAAAUUAUAUAAACGUGGAUUACUAACUGGUUAAAUGGAUACAAUAUGCUAAAAAGAAUGAAGAUAUGUUAGAGCAAUUAAUAUUUAUAAAUGUAUAUUUAAAUGUGAACAUUAUUCCAGUACUUGGAUAAUAUUGUGUGAAUAUGAAAAUUGUUUGACAAGAUUUAUACUGAAGACGAGUGUAAAGCAUUUAAAUUGUAGACAUUCUUGUCCCUUAAAAGAUCAGCAAUAUCACUAGUUUAUUUUAGCAAUUUCCGAAGAAAGCCACGAUUUGUUUUGCAGUUGAUCCAACUGAACACAUAAUUGCACCAUCAACUAUUUAAUAAUAUACAAUAAUUUUAUUCGGA